AAAGAAAAAGAAAACCUAGAACUUGCCUCGGUUUACCAUUCCUCUUUCAGUUUCCUAAUCAACCCUUUAUAUUUAUACUCUCAUUUUCUCUGGUAAUAAUUUAUCAGACCAGGCAAGGAUGUUGAUGACCAGGAUGUUGUCACGCCUUUCGAGGAGCGUGGGCCGACGCUCUCUGGUUCUACACUCUCCGUCUCCGUCCCAUAAUCACCACCUCUUGCCGAUCCUCUCUCAUCAGUUUCACUCUCUUGUUCACGAGUAUGGAUAUCCUGACAAGUGUAUUACAAGGAAGGUGUGUCUGUUUCAUCAUUCAGCACUAAACUCCCCUCCUUUUCAAAAUUUUGGGUUCACUUCAUCUGCAUCUCCUGAGCCUACUGAAAAGGAGCAGGGGAGUGCUGUAGACUCCAACUGUGAUCCCACAAAUGCAGAGUCAGGAAAAACAAAUGGAAGUGCAGACCUUUCUGAUGAGACAGAAGAUUCAGUUUUGCGUGAGACCAAAGAGUCAGGUUUCAACUCAGAGUCCCAACAAACCAUAUCCCGAUCUGUUAAAAGGAGGAGAGGUACUAAACGAACUGACUAUUCUGAUUCAGAUUCUGAGGCUGGGAGUGAUCUAUCUAUGGAUGAUUUGGUGAAGCUUGUGGCGGAGAAGGAGGAACUCCUGGAGGCAAAGCAUAAGGAGAUUGAGACAAUGCAAGAUAAAGUUCUCCGCGCAUAUGCUGAAAUGGAAAAUGUCAAGGAAAGAACAAAACGUGAAGCAGAGAACUCUAAAAAGUUUGCCAUACAGAAUUUUGCAAAGAGCCUACUUGAUGUUGCAGACAAUUUGGGAAGAGCUUCAUCAGUUGUCAAAGGCAAUUUCUCAAAAAUUGAUGUUUCUAAUGACACUGCUGAGGUAGUGCCACUCCUUAAGACGCUUUUGGAAGGAGUUGAAAUGACUGAGAAACAGCUUGGAGAGGUAUUUAAGAAGUAUGGAGUAGAGAAAUUUGAUCCAACAAAUGAGCCAUUUGAUCCACACAGGCAUAAUGCAAUAUUCCAGGUUCCAGAUGCUUCUAAGCCUCCAGGGACAGUAGCUGCUGUUCUCAAGGCAGGAUACAUGCUCCAUGACAGAGUUAUUCGACCAGCUGAAGUUGGCGUUACUCAAGCAGUGGAGAAUGGUGCUGAAGCAAAUGAAUAGGGAGUAGGAAGGCACUUAUACUUGAAGACAUGACAUGGUAGAGAUUCCAAAGUUUUGUGUUCUUCCCAGGAGAAUGAGAUGUAACAUUUCUUGUCACAUUCAACUGUGCCUUGAAAAGGACUUGGUUUUUUUAUUUCUCCAUGAUCUCUUAUAGUCUGGACUUGGUUUUUUUUAUUUCUCCAUGAUCUCUUAUAGUCUUCGAAGAUGACGCAAUGAUAGGGCCUUUGCUCUGAAUAAUCUUCAUGCUUUAGAUGCUGUUUUGAGCUAGAGGAGGAUGGACUGCGAUUUGUUGACAGUUGGGACGUAUCAUUUGGAGCUACUGGUAUCACUGCUUUCAUGUUA